UCCUGGGAGGUCAAGUGAAAUGGACUCUCUGUUGCUAAAUAACUUGGUUGCUGAAAACCCUGACUGUAGCCUCAGACUUUGUGGCCUUCAAAAGCUUCAGGGAUCCUUAGUGAUAAAGGUGGACCUACACUAUACCCACAUGGACAGGAAGCUGUGGCUACAAGAGAGCAAACAGCUGGACAUAGGGAAGCCUCUUGUGGCAUCCUGUGAUCUGCACAGGGGACAGCAAGCAAUGGUUGCCCAGAGACGAGAUGGUGCCCCUGCCCAGAGUAUGGGACACAGCCGCAUCUCACACAGCAAGCAGCGCCCACGUCAGACAUUGGGCCAGCCAGGCCGCCCCUUCACUAAGAGUGCAGAGUGUGCUGCCAAUGUCCCCACUGCAAGGAGCAAUGAACCAGGGGAGAAUGAUGAGACUGAGCCUCAAGACUUUACCCAUUGAUUUCCCCUCUCCACGUCUAUGGAAAAAGGAUAAUCUAGUAGUAGUGACUAGUGUAGUCCAUCGGAUAUUUGCUGUUUAGGCUUUAAUCAAUGCACAUAAUAAAAUCAGCAUGAUACAUUCCCUUUCUCUGGUUAAAUUCUAUCAGUCUAAUUGUGGUUAUAAAGGUGUGUAUGUACUGUAUACAUGGGUGCAUGUGAG